AUGGCCGCGACUGCGAGGAAUCUGGAGAAGAUGGCGUCGAUCGACGCCCAAUUGAGGCUUUUGGUCCCUGGGAAAGUUUCUGAGGACGAUAAGCUUAUCGAGUACGAUGCCUUGCUUCUGGAUCGAUUUCUCGAUAUUCUCCAGGAUUUGCACGGAGAGGAUCUCCGGGAAACGGUGCAAGAAUGUUAUGAGCUCUCGGCAGAGUACGAAGGGAAGCAUGACUCGAAAAAGCUGGAAGAGCUUGGCAACGUCUUGACGAGUCUGGACCCAGGGGACUCGAUUGUAGUUGCUAAAGCUUUCUCGCACAUGCUUAACUUGGCCAACUUGGCUGAGGAGGUUCAGAUUGCUUACCGGAGGAGGACCAAGAAGAAAAAGGGAGAUUAUACUGAUGAAAGCAAUGCGACUACCGAGUCGGACAUUGAGGAGACUCUCAAAAGGCUCGUGUUUGAUUUGAAGAAGUCUCCUCAAGAAGUUUUUGAUGCGCUUAAGAAUCAGACUGUUGAUCUAGUCUUCACAGCUCACCCCACUCAGUCUGUGAGGAGAUCAUUGCUUCAGAAGCAUGGCAGGAUCCGGGAUUGCUUAGCUCAGUUAUAUGCCAAAGACAUAACACCAGAUGAUAAACAGGAGCUUGAUGAGGCUUUGCAGAGGGAGAUUCAAGCUGCUUUCCGAACUGAUGAAAUCCGAAGGACCCCACCUACUCCGCAAGAUGAAACAAGGGCAGGGAUGAGUUACUUCCAUGAGACAAUCUGGAAAGGAGUCCCAAAGUUUCUGCGUCGUGUGGACACAGCACUUAAGAAUAUAGGGAUCAAUGAGCGGAUUCCAUACAAUGCCCCCUUAAUCCAGUUUUCUUCUUGGAUGGGUGGAGACCGUGAUGGCAAUCCAAGGGUAACUCCCGAGGUCACUAGGGAUGUUUGCUUGUUGGCCAGAAUGAUGGCUGCUAACUUGUACUAUUCCCAAAUUGAGGAUCUCAUGUUUGAGCUAUCCAUGUGGCGUUGCAACGAAGAGCUUCGUGUUCGUGCUGAUGAACUCCACCGGUCGUCAAGAAGAGAUGCAAAGCAUUUCAUAGAGUUUUGGAAGACGAUCCCACCCAGUGAACCCUACCGUGUCAUUCUUGGCGAUGUUAGGGAUCGCCUCUACCAGACCCGUGAGCGCGCCCGUCACCUAUUAGCUCACGACACGUCCGACAUUCCGGAGGAGGCAACUUACACCAAUGUUGAGCAGUUCCUCGAGCCUCUCGAGCUGUGCUACCGGUCCCUGUGCGCGUGCGGUGACCGGCCGAUCGCCGAUGGCAGUCUCCUCGACUUCCUGCGGCAGGUGUCGACAUUCGGCCUCUCCCUUGUUCGCCUCGACAUUCGCCAGGAGUCGGACCGCCACACGGACGUCAUGGACGCCAUCACCACCCACCUUGAAAUUGGCUCUUACCGCGAGUGGCCCGAGCAGCGCCGCCAGGAGUGGCUGCUCUCCGAGCUUGGGGGCAAGCGCCCCCUCUUCGGCCCCGACCUCCCCAAGACCGAAGAGAUUGCCGAGGUCCUCGACACCUUCAACGUCAUCUCUGAGCUCCCCGCCGACUGCUUCGGCGCUUACAUCAUCUCCAUGGCCACUGCCCCCUCCGACGUCCUGGCUGUUGAGCUCCUCCAGCGCGAGUGCCACGUCAGACAGCCCUUGAGAGUGGUCCCUCUCUUUGAAAAGCUGGCCGACCUGGAGGCGGCUCCCGCGGCUGUGGCCCGGCUCUUCUCGAUCGACUGGUACAAACGGAGGAUCAACGGGAAGCAGGAGGUGAUGAUCGGUUAUUCGGAUUCAGGCAAGGACGCGGGGCGUCUGUCGGCCGCGUGGCAGCUGUACAAGGCCCAGGAGGAGCUCGUGAAGGUGGCCAAGGAGUAUGGGGUGAAGCUUACAAUGUUCCACGGGCGGGGUGGAACAGUCGGAAGGGGUGGAGGGCCCACCCACCUGGCCAUACUGUCCCAGCCUCCCGACACGAUCCAUGGGUCACUGCGGGUGACCGUGCAGGGGGAGGUUAUCGAGCAGUCAUUUGGGGAAGAGCACCUCUGCUUCCGCACACUGCAGCGGUUCACGGCUGCCACCCUGGAGCAUGGGAUGCACCCACCGGUGGCACCCAAGCCCGAGUGGCGGGCCCUGCUGGAUGAGAUUGCAGUUGUUGCCACCGAGGAGUUCCGCUCCAUUGUCUUCAAGGAGCCUCGGUUUGUUGAGUACUUCCGCCUUGCCACGCCGGAGCUGGAGUACGGGCGAAUGAACAUUGGUAGCCGUCCAUCAAAACGGAAGCCCAGUGGAGGUAUUGAAUCACUGAGAGCCAUCCCAUGGAUCUUUGCCUGGACCCAGACAAGAUUCCAUCUCCCUGUUUGGCUGGGAUUUGGGGCGGCAUUCAAGUACGCCAUAAACAAGGACAUUAGGAACCUGAAGAUGCUGCAGGACAUGUACAAUGAGUGGCCUUUCUUCAGAGUCACCAUUGACUUGGUUGAGAUGGUUUUUGCCAAGGGAGAUCCUGGUAUUGCUGCUUUGUACGACAAGCUCCUCGUGUCAGAAGACCUGUGGGAGUUUGGCGCAAAACUCAGGUCCAACUAUGAGGAAACCAAGACACUUCUGCUUCAGAUUGCAGGGCACAGGGACCUUCUAGAAGGAGACCCAUACCUGAAGCAACGACUCAAGCUGCGUGAUUCCUACAUAACAACCCUAAAUGUCUGCCAGGCGUACACUCUGAAGCGAAUUCGUGACCCCAACUACCAUGUCAAGCUGAGGCCUCAUAUUUCGAGGGAGUACAUGGAGUCCAAACAAGCUGCAGAACUUGUGAUGUUGAACCCCACAAGUGAAUAUGCACCUGGGUUGGAGGACACACUCAUAUUGACCAUGAAGGGUAUUGCUGCUGGACUUCAGAACACCGGUUAA